UUCCAUCCUUAAUAAUCAAGAUACAGACUGAAGCCGUAGUUCUGGAUAUCAGACAAGAACCAGCCUUUUGAGGCUUUUUUGCUAGAGCGAAUCGGAGAACGAGGCUGCCUCUCUUUAUUUUUCCGAAUAGCGGAGCAAAGCUCAGCGGAGGCCCCGAGAGGGCGCAACCCAGGGCGGAACCCCACCCCGCUUGCUCUCUCGGCGGCCGUAGUGUUCAAGAAGACGCGAAGGGGGUGGGUGCGAUGAGGUAGAGAAUGGCCGCGCAUGCGCAGUACCGAAUCUAAGCGGCCGCGGUGAUGGCUGCGCAGUGACGGUUGGAUCUAACGGUUGCUAUUGGCAUUGGAGCUGGGCGUGUGGUGGAUGGCUCUUGCGCGGAGGGCGGCUAAGACGGACAAAGCCGUUAGCUCUGCGGAAGAGGCGCAGGAAAUCCGUGGUAAUAUGAACGCGCUGAAACUCUAGGCGGAGCAGCCUCCCCCGCCCCUACCAGAGCCGGGCCCAGGCCGUCUCCCUGCGCCGGGCUCGCGGAUCCUGCCACCGCCCCCCUGAUGCGGGGCCUCCCCUCCGCCUGAGGCGCCCGGGGAGGGCGAGGGAGCAAGGCCGCCAUGGCCGGCCGCCUGGAGUGAUCCGCGGAGAGCCGCCGCUGGUAGCAAGGAAGAGCUGCGGCGGUGGCACUGGCGGGGGCGGUGGGGGAGCAGGCAAGUGGAGAAAAGCAGGCCCGGCCCUGGCUGUGACGGCGCGUCGAUGCGGGGCUAGGAGCGCAGCCGCCCCUCGGCUUGCCCUGCCUGGGCGCGGAGCCGCGCUUUCUUCUCUGCCCGGAGCCGUUGGCCUCAGCGUCUGCGAUGAACCCGGUGAAUGCUACAGCCUUGUACAUCUCCGCCAGUCGCCUGGUACUCAGCUACGGCCCCGGGGAAGAUCCGCAGUGCCUGGCCGAGAUCGGCAAGCUGCUGCCCUACUUCCGGCAGUCGCUCUCCUGCUGCGCGUGCGGAAAUCUGCUGCAAGAUCCAAUUGCACCCACCAACUCUACAUGUCAACAUUAUGUCUGCAAAACCUGUAAAGGCAAGAAGAUGAUGAUGAAACCAUCAUGUAGUUGGUGCAAAGACUAUGAGCAGUUUGAAGAAAAUAAACAGUUAAGCAUUCUGGUGAACUGUUAUAAAAAACUAUGUGAGUAUAUAACACAGACACCAUUAGGACGAGAUAUUAAGCAAGCUGUGGACAGUUCCCCAGAGCUUUUGACUUUGCUUAAAGAUGGCACCCCGCUCAGUGUUGACACAGAAAAAGCAUCUGAAGAAUCCUUGGCAUUGUGUUUGAUCCAUUCCCCUUCACCUUCAACUUCAGAGUAUGCUAAUGAGCCUCCAACAAAUUGUUCUAUAUCUGAAAGCACCUAUGAUUGUGAUGUAAAAGGCUCCACUGUUAAUGGUCUGCCCAGUUGUAAUGGGCUCUCAGUAGAUAAACUUGGAGUAAAUAUUCCAUCUCCUGAACAUGCAAAUACAGUCAAUGUAUGUAAUCCUGGACAAUACAUAAAAACUGAAGAUAUUUCUAGCAGUCUUCAGCCUAUGUGUGACAUAGUUUCCCCUGGUGACUUGUGUGCAACCGGCAUUGAUAUUCAUAGUUUCAGUGAAGACAUCAAACCUGGUGACCCUCUUUUACUCAGUGUUGAGGAAGUGCUACGGAGUUUGGACUCUAAUGCAGGAGUAUGUAGCCCUAAUCUACAGCACAGCUUGGAAACCAAUUUAACAAAUGGUCCAUUUUUGCAGCUUUCUCCCCCACCAACUAGCCACAAUGUGUAUAUAUCAGUGGAUGCUUCACCUCAUGGUAUUUCAUGUACAGCUGCAACACCUAAGGUAGCAAAAUUAAACAGAAAGCGAUCACGAUCAGAAAGUGACAGUGAAAAGCUUCAGCAUAUUCCAAUUUCUAGCAUUCUUUGUGGCCCAACAUUGGGAGCCUCAGCUCCAGUAAUGAUGAAACAAGAAUCAAAGAUGUCUUUGCAGUCAAUAGCAACUGUACCUAAUGGAGGUACUGCUCCUAAAAUAGGUAAAACUGUACUAUUAUCAAAUAAAAGCAUGAAAAAAAAUAUAGACCAUACCACCAAGAAAUCUCAUCCAAAAUCUAAAUCAGGAAUGCUAAAAAAGUCAAAAGAAAAAAAUCCUAGCAGUCAUGUUGUAUCUGGAAGUCCAACAAAAACUGUGUACAAAAAGGCACAAGAGAAAAAGGGGUGCAAAUGUGGCCGAGCUACACAAAAUCCAAGUGUUCUUACAUGUCGUGGCCAGCGCUGCCCUUGCUACUCGAAUCGCAAAGCCUGUUUAGACUGCAUAUGUCGCGGCUGCCAAAAUUCAUAUAUGGCUAAUGGGGAAAAGAAAUUGGAGGCAUUUGCAGUGCCAGAAAAGGCCUUGGAGCAGACUAGGCUUACUUUGGGCAUUAAUGUGACCAGCAUUGCUGUGCGCAAUGCCAGCACAAGUACGAGUGUAAUUAAUAUGACAGGGUCACCAGUAACGACAUUUUUAGCUGCCAGUACAAAUGAUGAUAAGAACUUGGAUGAAGCUAUGGACAUGAGAUAUGACUGCUGAGUCUUUCUUUUUUUCUCCCUUCCUUUGGUAAGGGGAUUGCUACAAUUUGAAGGCAGCUAUGGUUCUCUUUAACUUGCCGGAGCUCCUGCAUAUAGAUCACUUGUAUCAAGUGUUUUCAUUGCUAUGUUGUGUGUUAGUGUCAGGGAAAUAGUUUGCUGGUAAUUGCGGAAUUAUCCCAAAACUGUCUUUAGAUCUUACAACAUCUCAUAGUUUGAGAUCAAAUGCUAAUGUAAAUGAUUUUUUAAUACAGAACUACUUUUUUGGCAUAUACUGACCUUGUUGUACCAAUUCAUGCUUUGUGCUUAAUCAGAAAUUGAUUUAAUAUACUGAAAUUAUUUCUAGUCAGUCCAUCACAAUUGUGCUAAUUUAUGAUGUAUCCAUGUUCAGUAUCAUCACUGCAAGAAAAAUGACAUGCUAAACUAAUAAAAACUUCAACAGCCAAUCUUGUAAUACCACAUUAUUUGUGGAUAGGGAAGUUAAUAAUUCAGCACCUAAACUUUGUUCAGAAAUAAAAGAUAUUACUAUAAUUGUCCAACUACUGUAUGCUGACCUGAAACCAAGAAAUGAUCAUAUUGGACUUUAGCUUCAGUUGAUAUCACUCAAGACGUUCAAAAGCUUGAUCAUCUUUUGGAAAAGAAAAAGUUGGCAUUCCUGUUUUUUAAUUUCACACUUUUUUUUACAGAUAGAUGUCAUUAAUCUGUGUCAUGCUAUGUCAUAAAUUUAACAUUUAUCAUUGGGAUAUUUUUGCUGAGUUCAUUAUGAAAUAGAUACUGUAUUUUUUUUUAACUUUUAUGCUAGUUGGCUAAAAAUAAAAAUGGUUUAAGUCUUACGCCAAAGUUAUUGAGACAUCAUUAUAUUUUAGAUCUAAAAAUCUGACAACUAUCAGCACAUUCUUGCAGUUUAAGGCAUAUAACAUUGUCAAAACAUAAAUUUCACUUGAAAUUAACAUGUCUCUUCCAAGAUUAAGCCCUUGGUUUUCCCCAAUUUAUAUUUGCAGUUUUGUUUUGCCUAGUUGGAACCAGGAUACACAAGGUGAAAUGUGGCAGGCUCCUGGAUUAAAUCCUCCUGUGCAAGAGUAGAAUAUGUCAAGAAUGGAGGUUUUCUUAGUUGAGAACCUUAAAAGAGCUGAUAGAAACCCUGCUGAUUAUGCGGGAUUUUGAAAUUAAUUCUAAGUUACACCAUUGGAAAAGUCAACCCAUGUUGAAAGUAUAUUAAUUCAUAUCAAUUUUACGUGUACCAGGAUUGGUGUCUAAGACUUAAUUUUUUAUUUUGCAUAAAGUAUGGGCUGACUAGAAUAGAAAAUAUUGGGUUGUAUCCAAUUAAACCUCUUCCUUACAACCCUUAGGAAGGAGGGGGAGACUGCUGGACAGGAAAUAUCCUAUUGCACAAGUCAAAGGUUUCUUUUGCAACACUGGAUUUUGCCCUUUUUGUUAUCUUGCUUUAUAAAGGACUAUGUGUUGAUUUACAGCAAUAUUUCAGCAGAUGUUGUAAAAAGACAUAUACCCUAGAUUCUUAAACACCUUUAUGUUUGCCAUCUAAUUGUUAACUGGUUAACAUUGCUAAUGAACUGUAACAUUAGAUAUGUUGGAUUUGGCACAAAGCAUGUACAAUGAUGGUUACUAGGUCUAAAAAUAAGACAAAAGUUUUGGAUACUGGUUGGGUGAUGUCUCUUUUUUCUUCUAUAGUGUACCAGGUGUCAUUUUAUGUCAAUGUGAGCAAAUAAUUAUUUUGUUGACUUUCAGAUUUGUUUUUCCCCUGUCUUUUCUGUGGGUGGGGCAGGGUGUGGGGGGAGGGUUAAAGCCAUAGGAAGAAGAAUGUGAUGUAAGUGUUCAGUAUGUUUUUUUUUGUUUCUGUUUUGCAAGAAGAGUUGAAAAAUAUUUUUGAUAAUGAGAGUAAAUGGUGGAAAAUGCUCUUUAGUAUUCCUGUCUUUUUUUGCAGCUAACCUCUUGAAUUUUACAUUUAAUUUGUAAUUUAAUAUGUCCUAUUAAAAUAUAUCAGCUGAAUAUGAAUAUGAUUUUUAUGUGGACCAAAUAGGAUAUACCAUGAUUUAUUUUCCAUGUUUGAGUCUUAACUUUCUAAAGCAAAAAAAAUUUCUUUCAGUAUCUUAAGAAGGCUAAUCACAUCAGAAGUCUGGAAAACUACCCUCACAUAUAUGGUGCUACGGAAAGCUAAUGGAAGUAGCCAUUAAACUUUUUCUUUCUUUCUAAACAUUUCUGAUGGUUCAGUUAUGAAGUUCUACUGUGUUAUAAAUACACCUUUUCUCCAUACAGAAUAAUUUCAGUAUUUUUUAGACGUACUAAAUAGCAUUCUGUUAACUGGUUAUUUAAAUAUUCCUUGGAAUUGUUUAUUUGUUAUUCUGUAUCUUUGAUGGUUAAUUCAAGUUUGUUUUAAUGAAACAAAUUUUCUUCUUCACUGCCAUGGAAGCUGAGGUAAUAAAUGUCAGUCCUAAAACUGAAUUUUGUAAAAGAACAUAAAACAUAUAGUGCUCAGAAUACUUUUUUAAAGAUGUCUGUGGUCAAUUAAAUGAAAUAAUUAUACAAGCUAUCAUACUAGCCACAAAAGUUUAUCAAAAGUAAUAGUUUGGAAUCCUUAUAUUCUAACAACUUUUCUUUGUUCUUUUGGUUAGGGUGAAACAUAAUUUUAGAGAAGGAAAUUACGUCAACGUUUUUGCAUUCUCUAAUUUUUUCCUUCAUUGUUGUUGCCUCUUAGUCUGAUUGAAUGAAAAUAUCUUUUAUACUUUACUAACAAAAAAAACAAGGGAACUUUUUUGCAACCUUUGCUAAAUGUAGCUGUUGCUAUGACUGCUUCAUACACAAUUUUCUUUCAGAACAAAGUUUUUAGUAGAAAAAUGUGUAAAGUGUUGCCCAGAUGUUUGUCACACAGUCACUGUUUUGAGCAUUCACAGAACAAUAAAAAUUGCACUAAAACUGAAAAAUGUGGAAAAAUAACUUGCUCAUUUAAGUUCUACUUGGUUGUUAUAUGUUGUCUAAAAAUAACUGAAAAUAGUGAUUCCACAAAUUCUGGAUUCAGAUGUUGGUACAUAUUUCUAAAAUCCAUAAGUAGAGUUCCAUAGGAAAUUGAACAAAUUACAGUAAGGGAGGGACACUAGACUUUUUUCUGGAAUCCUGCUUUGUAAGCAUUGUUUCAUUUUUCAAAAAUGGAAGAAAACUUAUGUAAUUUUAAAAAGUUAGAUUUGUAGUUUCAAUGGGUGAAUGUUUCAGUUGCAAGGUCUAAUCUCCUUUACUUGCAAAGUUUCUAGAAUUUUUUUGAAACCUAGUAGCAUGCCGUGAUCUCUGCCUUUGCUUCUUGGGAUGAUGUUCUACUAGUAUUAAUGUAGUUCUUACUAUUUAAAUGUUGUGAAGAAUGGGGUAGUGAUUGGAGUUGCUUUCUAAAAACUCAUGGUUUAGGUUCUGAUGUAUUUCUUUCAAAAUGCAACUUCAGUAUCUCUUUAAUGAUGUGGCUGAAAUCAUUGGUUUUCAUAAUGGUUGCUGUAGGACUAUCAUUUCUAAGGAAAAUUGUAGAUGGUGAAUUAAAUAAAAAUGUGAUUGUCUUUUCUUAUAAUGAAUGCUGUAAUGCUGAAUGGUGUAUAAAUUUUGCCCAGAUGGUACCUAUUUAAACGCAACUGCAGGGAAGAUCACACUUCCAAUAUGUUUGGCUCAUUACAGACUGUAACUGAUUACUCAGUUGUACAACAUUUUGAAUGCUCUUAUUGUGCAAUCAUGUUUUGUAAGUACUCAGCAUAAUUCUAUUUUAUAACCUUUUUAAAUUAUUUUAAUUAUAACCCUUAAAAUUAUUUCAUAUACAUUCUAAGUAUAUAUAGUGUUCACAAAACAAAAACCGCAGAGUAUGUGAUUCUGGUACAACAGUUACUAAAACAGCUGAUAUAGAUGUUUAGGGGAAAGUACAAGAGAGAUAUAUAACUUAUAACUUUACAGUUUUUCAAAAGGAGAGUAAGUGCAUCUUUUUCUAGUUGCUUUAAUUAUUAUUGCAUUGAUUAAACUCACACAAAGGUGUGGGGGAUUUUGCAAAUUUUAUUUCUUAUUAAUUUUACAGCUAUUUCUGUUAACCACCAUAUAUAUUCUUUGAGAUUAAUACAUCAAACUAAAUCUGAUCUUGUAUCUUGGACAUAAAUUCUAAUUUUAAUGAGAAAACCUCAAGAACUCUUAUCUAAAGUAAGGGGAAAAUCAUAAAAUCAUAGAGUUGGAAGCAACAAUUUAGUCUAUUAACAGUCAACCUACUUCCAAUUACUGUAUUGAAAUCCAAAGCCAGGUUCUGUACCAUGUGUUUAUCCAGCCUGUGUUUCAAAACAUCCUGUGAAUGGGAAUUAAUCGCAGCCUUUGGUAAGUGGUUCAUUAUCAAACUGAUAUUACUGUUAGGAAGAACUAACAUUUGAAAUCAGACUUCCAGUUCUCAACCUUUUUCUGUACGAUACUUUCAGGUACUUGAAAACUGCUAUUAUGUCUCAACCUACUCAUAUUUUCUGCGGACUAAUAAUCAGUUUCUUCAGACACUCCUUGUUAGACUUAAUUUCUAGUAGACUAUACAGGUAGUCCAUGACUUAGAACAAUUUGUUUAGUGAUUGAAGUUACAACAGCACUGAAAAAAGUGACUUAUGACCAGUUUUCACACUUAUGACCAUUACAGCAUCGUCAUGGUCACAUGAUCAAAAUUUGAGUACUUGGCAAUUGGCAUGUAUUUACGACAAUUGCACUGUCCCUGGGUCACGUGAUCACCAUUUGUAACCAUCCCAGCCAGCUUCCAACAAGCAAAGUCAAUGAGGAAAGUCUGAUUCGCUUAAUGACCACAUGAUUCAUUUAACUCUGGCAAAAAGUCAUAAAGUGGGGGAAACUCAACAAUUAUCUUGCUUAGCAAAACACAUUUGGUCAUAAGUCGAAGACUACCUGAACCUUUCUUAAAAUAUGUUUAAUGGGUUGAAUUGAACUUAAUAUUUGAAAUAGCGUUUAACCAAUACUAAAUAUAUUUGGAAAUAAUAUUUGUACUGCUACAGACUGUAUUAUAUCAAUACAUUUUCAUUUUUAGCAAUGUUACCACACUGCCAACUCAAGUUCAGUUUAUGAUUCAGUUUAUUAUUCCCAAUAUUCUUUUUACAUGUGCUAAACCAACACAGAUACACGUAUCUUAUAUUAAUGUAUAUUAUUUCUUUUCUCCAUGUUCAUAAUUAUUUUUGGAGGUUUCCUAUAGUUUCCAUUCAUUUGUCUAACCUAUCAAGAUUAUAGAAAUUGGAUCUGAAGCUCAAAACAAAACAGAUGGGGUGGAAUUUUAAAAAGAUCUUGGGAACAAAGAGGAGACAGAUAAUUCAGGAAAGAAAUAGCCAUUACAGAAGAGAGAUCAUAGGGGGGAAAAGACUCAAGUAACUCUGCUUUAAUCACACUAAGCAUAAGUUUUUGAGAGAAUUUGGUAAGCUUUCAGGAUUCUGUUACACUGCCCUAUUAUCAACAAGUGGUUCUUAUUUCCGAAUUUGCCAUAUUUGGAUCAGUAGAGAUAGAAUAAAAGAUUAGCAAGAAAGGAUGAAAGGAUUCCUUUUUAAUUUUUAAGUACCAUAAAUAAAAACAAAAUAAUCAAUGAUGGAGGAAAUAAAAAUAUAGGAACGCUCAAAACACGGCUUCUUAAAGGAACCUUUAGUAGAAGAAUAUACAAGAAAAGCUGCUAAGCAACCUAUACAAUGGUGAUGGUUCCCAUUUUGAAUCAGCUUUGACUUAAAAGAGGCUGUAAGUUUCAUAAAAAUACUGUGACAAUACUUGUACAGAGACAGUAUUCCCUAGAAACAGGAAAUUUGAGAAACAACCAAACAAUUUCUGAAGAGAAUGGAUGACUUUGGGUCAAUCUUACCCUGUGCCAAUUAGUUAACUGGGAAAUCUUGAAUCCUGCAAAUUCCAAAUGUAUAUUUGGUAAUUUAUUAGAUGUACAUUUUACCUUUCAGGAGCUGUAGGAUGGAUAUUUUAUUAGGACAUUGGUCGGAACCCUGAAAGGAUAUAUACUGGUAUAGAGAGAGAGAGAAUAGAUGGAAUAUUGAGAAGUUUGGUUUGGCAAGGAGAAAAGAACUGAUUCUGAAGCAACACAAAUCCAUUAUUCUUUCUCAAUCUACAAAAAAUUGCUAUUGCCCGUCUAGACCUCUCCAGUUUGGAUCCUCUAAACUAAACUGGAAAUAAUUUGUUUAUCUUCUCAAUGGUGUUGGUAGUAUGAAGAGACAAAUCUGGAAAUAAUUCUGAUAUAGCAAAAACUCCUAUGUAGAAGUGUCUGAAGAUUGAUUUGAUUUUUUUUAAAAAAAGCAUGUAAAGCAGAGACUUCCACACCAUACACCUAUGGUGGCUCAAUUUUUCUUCUUGAAAAAAAUUGAACUGCAGGGUGAGAAUAUUUUAAAUAUAUUUUAAAAUAUACUCCAAGUUCAUCCAGGUUUUAAAUAUAUGUGUAUUGUUCUUUCAAGUAUCCAAAGAACUUCAUAUACAUUAUCUAGUUGUAGUCCUUACAACAAUCCUAUAAAAUCAGUAUUACUUGUAUUUUGCAGGGUAGUAUGGGGAGUGAUUUUAAGGCUGAAAGAGUGUUGCUUGCAUAAGUAAUUCAUGGAAGACUGACCUUUCUCAUUUACUGCUGAACUACAACAUAUUGUAUGUACUUAAUGGUUUAACCAAAAUCUUUUCUUAAAAUAAAAAAUUAUCAAGUGAACAAGAAGUGGCACAAUAGGAGACCACAGGACUUUUAAAUCAUCAGAAAAUUUUAAAGACCCUUUCCCUAUAAAGAAUAUUGCUAUAAUCAAGAAGAUAAGCCUAUUUUGUUUACUAUUUCAAAAGAACCUGGUCACUGUUGCUACUCAGUUAAGAAUCAGGAGCUUGUGCAGAUUCCAGAUAUUGCUCCUUAGAGAAUAGAGUGAAUUGCAUUUUCUGCUUCCCCUAAAUUGCUCAUCAUCUUCAUUUAUAUAAUGUUUGAUUUAUCUUUAUUUUAAUUAUUAAUCUUAUCCAGCAUCUCAUCCUGUUUAGGGAAAGUAUUGCUUCUCUUGAAUUUGAUGGAAAUUAGAAAUGUAUCUGCCUUUUGUCAGUAUUGAUAUCUAUACUUUAAACCAAGAAAUUGUUUGACUCCACACUGUACUUUUAUGCCAUAAUGUAAUUGUUUUGCUUUGGGCUUAGCAUAGCUAAGCAUUACAAGCCCAGUUAUUGGGAUUUGUGAAAUAUCAUUUAUGGCAUAAUAUGAUUAUUUGACCCAGUCAGUUGUAGUGUAUAUGAUAGACCAAGGAUAAACCCAGAAUCAAAUUGAACUAUGAUUUAAUGCACUGUAUGAAUCAAGUUUCACCAUUGAUUUAUUAAUGAAAUUUUAAAUGUAUUAAUUACAGGCAAUAAUCCAAGUUAGAUUCAAUUACAGAGUAGUGCUAUGGCUGUGUUUUCAUGAUGAACUGGUUGUUAUAGUUGAUUUAGCCAUGUUAUAUGUUUUUGGCCUGAUUUUUGGGAUUUGCAAACGUAAUACACAGUAUACUUGCACGCUUAUGCUAAGGAAUACGAUGAUUUAAGCCUCAUGGCACUUACAGAAGAGUCUGUAUAUCCUCAUACUACACUUUCCAUGCUGUUUUUUGGUGUUCUAGCACCAUGCAUUAUUUCAGAGAAAAUCUUGUCACUAAUUUUCAAGAACAGUCGCAGCUUCUCUGACUUUUCUCGAUAAUGUAGCCUAAUGGGGAGCAUGUUAAGUCAUCUGAAAAGUGGCUAAUUCAAGAAGUAGAUUCAAGCCUUUUAUUACAUAUAUCAAGGUCAGUGAAUUAUCGGUAGUGAAAUACAGUGAGGGAAAACAAAACAACAAAUUUGGGAAAGUUGUGGUUGCUUCAGUCCCACUAGGCUUCUGACUACAUUAAGCAGAAAUUUGUCCAGCAGUCCACAGUUCCCUUUGUUCCCCCUGCCCGCCCAGCAAAGUGGCAGGCAGUUCCGCAAGUCAGCUGAUGGGGAUGAGGAGUGAUUCUGAAUACUCACUGCCAGCUUCCCAAAUGAAAAGCCAAUAGAAAAUCUGGCAGAAUAUUGCUCAUGAUCCCACUGCUCAUGAUCUGCUCAUGAUCCAUUUGGCUGGUGGCCCAACAGGUAAGUGGUGAUUGUGUACUUUGAAAUUGAGGUUAAAAUCUAAAAUUUCUUAAUAGCGAUGUGUGGUGAAGGAAGGACAAGGGAGUGACCUGGAUGUCUGCUGGCAAGGUAAGGCUAUCUGGAGAGCACUGGUGGUUGAUGGGUGAACCCUCUUUAUGGAGGGAGGAGGCUCUUGGGACACACUGGGAUGGGGAGUCUAGAUGCAGUUUUCCUUGUAGUCUGCAGCUCUCUUUGUUCCCCUCAGCAAAGUGGCUGGCAGUUCUGUAGAUCAGCCAAGGAGGAGGAAGAGUGAUUUCUGACGCUCCCUGCCAGCUUUCUACAAGCAGCAGCAAUGGGAAAGCAGUUGGAAGUUACUCCCACACCCACUGCUUUUUUGCUCACUCAUUGGUCAUUCCAUUGUUUCCCUACCCCCAGCAAAGUGGCAGGCAGUUCCACAGGUCUGCUGAAGAAGAGGAGUGAUUUCUGACACUUCUUGCCAGCUUUCCACAAGCAAAAUCAAUGGGGAAGCUGAAAGGAAGUUACUCCCAUUCCCACUGCUGCAUCCAGUCAGUUGGCAGCAAGGCCUGAUGGGUGAGCAGCGUUUGGCUGCUUUAAAAUAGGCUGAACUCUGAAAUCUCUUGAAUGGUACUGGAUAGCUAGAGAAGGAUGAAGGAGUAACUUGGAUGCUUACUGGUAAGGUAGAGAUAGCUGAUGGGUGUUGAUGGUCAAUGGGUGAGCCCUCUUUCUCCCUGGAGAGAGGAAGCUCUUGGGGUACUCCAGGAUGAGGAAUGCAGAUGCAGUUUUUCUCACUAAUGUCACUCCCUCUCUGACUCCCCCAACCCCAUUGAUGGUUAUUCUGUUUCUCUGUUUAGAUAUGGAAAUAUCUCAAACAUUUAAAUACUCCCCUCUAUCAAAUGUUGCAGAUUUUUAUUCAACUGAUUCAAAAUGGCAGUAUAUUCUGUCACACACAUAUUACAACCUUAUUCGUUUCGCUUCAGAAAUAUGUCCAGUUCAAUGAGAAUUAGUUCUGGGUAAGUGUGAAUUCUAUUUUGCCCCUCUAGAUAUUUCUCCAUCUCCAUAAUUCCUAUUAUGAAAUGCAGUACAAAUAUCCACUAGUUUUAAAAAUAUAUUUUAAUUGCAAAGAAAAAAAAUACAAAGUAAAAUAGCUAAGACAAAGCCAUUUCCAACGUAAGUCAAUUUUGACAAACUAACAAGUUUCAUUUUUUCUACGUCUUAGAAUAUCUAUACAUUUAAACAUUUAACAAAGGAUAUGAUAUAUGAAUAAGGAUGAAUUACAAGGAUUUGUCCUUGUUUAAUAAUCCCUGCUGUUCAUUAAAAUAUCUUAAUUAAACUUAAUAUACUCUGAUUUUAAACAUGCAGAACAAAUUAUUUUUGGCAUUGUACUUAGUCUGAAAGCUAUGCAAUAUCCUCUAAAACUAUCUUAGAACAGUUUCCAUGUUAAAAUUGGAGAAUUAUGUCAAAUUAUCACCAUCUAUUAUUUUUAUUAAUAGAGUUGAUAACUGCUUGGAAUAAUUUAGCUUGGUCUAUAUCUUUUGCUCAAUACUGCCUCUUAGUGGCAAUCUCUCCCUCCCACCCCCAUCGCCCAAGAAAAUAUGUGGUUGCUCUAUUAAAAAAUAAACCAUGGAUAAAAACUUGAUAUCUAUUAUAAUAUACUUUUUAAAAAAAAUAAAACCAAGUAAUACAAUUUCAAUCAAUGAAAAGCAUUUUGCUCAAUAAGAAAACCUAUUGUACAUAUUAUUAUUAACC